AUGUGUGAUCCGGAGUAUGAAGAAGAAAAUAAAGAAAGAGUUCGAAUGACAAUAAACAACCAACAUAUAAAUUUCACAUACAACAAUAAAACAAGUCGUUAUGAUGGCUACGCAAACUACAUAUUUGUUGAAAACGAAUCUAUUUAUGCGACUUGUUUAAAUGUUGAGGAGAAGGGGAAAGUCCAAUUAAUUUAUUCGAAAACAGGUGUGAAAUCGAAGGCUGUACUUGAUUCUACGUCACUCACGAUUAGGUUACAUGUUGGCCUAAACAAUUCGUACCUGGAUUGCGAGUAUAUUUCAGUAGAACCGAAUGACAAAUAUAUCUACAGGGUAUAUUUUAUAACGGAAUAUGUUCUGUCUAACCUCACCCAGCUUUAUACUAAUAGUGAUUCUUUUAAUAUAUUCAUAAUAUUGGGAUGUAUUUCUGGUCUUUUAUUAAUAAUCACCAUUGUGGGCAUAGUCUACUGGCGUAAAAGACAGCGACCAACGAAAGACACCGAGACACCUUACAACGAUCUUCAAAAUGAGAAUGAAGUGACUCCAGUACCUGAAUCGAUGUACGACUCAUGUUUCAGUGAAAAUUUCUCCGAUAUACAACCAAACAAUGACGUUCCAGGAAGCUCAGACAAUUUUGAACCUAACUAUCAUAGCUAUGAGAAAGUAAAUUAUUCACAAUGCAAACCAAAAUUAGAUGAACCUCAACAGCAGCGUGCCAGCAAAAUUUACAAUGAACCUUAUGAUCAUUUUAGAAGACAUCGCAAUAAGAAAUAGUUUCGUAAUUCAUAGAAUCCUGUUGUAAAUCUAGAAUAUGGGAAGGAUACAAACGAUAUAUAUUAUGUUGAACUAAAUAAAAGUUUACAAAUAAUAAUUGAAAACAGCCAGGCUGGUUAUGUGAGGUGUUAUAGUGUUUAUUCUGGAACGACAUUUAGUAUAGAAAAAAAUCCAAAUUACAAUAAGGACAGUGUCAUCAACGUAAGUUUUUCUUUUGUAAACGGUCAAGCAAUAAGUAGGAUUCCUAUGUUAACUACUUUUGUCCAGUUUACCUCUACUUAUAGUGACAUCGUUUUUAAAUUCUGGCUUAACCAAAUAGUGUCUGAUAUUAUACUUUUUUACGUUCAUCCGUGGGAAUAUACAAUGAGAAUGGGAAGGGACAAUCCGGUAAAAGAGCAGACGGAUCACCUGAUGGUAACCAAUCGGCGUCGCGCA